GCCCCAAACAAAACCCAAGUGGAGGAAAGAGCACGGCCCUGCAGAUCCUGGACCGCGGAGGCGCCUCCGGCCUCGCCCGCGUCCCCCGCCGCGGCGUGAUGCGCACAGACCGGCCCGCGACGCCCGGGCCAAGACUGUCCCCGCACCUGGAUGCCGGCCCCGCGGCCGCGCCCCUGCCGCGAUCGCUCGCCCGCACGGCUUUCUCGGAGUCUCCCGGCGCCGGCGGGGCAGCUCGCUCUCCAUGGGGCUGAGGGACUGGCUGAGGAUCAUGUGCUGCUGCUGCCCGUGCCAGUGCCUGGAGGAGCCCGCAGUGCCCGAAAAGGAGCCCCUCGUCCGGAGUGGCAAAAACUCAACUAUGAUAUCUACACCCUGCGACAGAUUCGAAGGGAAGUGAGAAAUAGAUGGAAACACGUUUUAGAAGAUUUAGGUUUUCAAAAGGAAACAGACUCUUUGUUGUCAGUGACGAAACUCAGCACCAUCAGUGACUCUAAAAACACAAGGAAAGCUCGAGAGAUCUUGUUGAAACUGGCUGAGGAGACCACUAUUUUCCCAACAGGUUGGGAGCUCUCUGAGAGAUACCUCUUUGUUGUGGACCGUCUCAUUGCUCUCGAUGCUGCAGAAGAGUUCUUUAAAAUUGCCUGUCGAACUUACCCCAAGAAGCCCGGGGUGCCAUGCUUGGCAGAUGGCAGGAAAGAACUGCACUACCUUCCAUUUCCAAGUCCCUAGAGGAGAGGCUGGGAGGCAGAGUUGGAAUUUUUCCACUGGAACUCAGCAGCCAACCAAAGCUGGACAAAUGAGUGUAGAUACAAGUGAGCAAGUAGAGAGCCAACUGAGUGAAAAAUGAUUCUGAAUCCUACAAAAGUCUAAGGAUUUGGAUAUCUGGUCUUCAUGAGGACUUUAUCCUGUAAGAUGUUCAGGUUGCAGUGAAACACCCUGGUGGUCUUACAUCACAGAGGUGGUCAGUGGGACAUUUCAUCAUGAGUGUUUUGAUUCUGAGAACCCAUUGCCCUCAUUCCAGUUUUGGUUGAACAAUAAGCCUUAGUCAUGAAUCCUAUUGGGAGAAUGGGAUAUUCUAGUUAAUAAAACAAUAAUUUUAAUGGAGAGAGUUCUCAUUGAGCCCAAUAUGGAUUACCAGUUUUUAAACAAUUGUUAUAUGUAUAUAUAGGCUAAUACCAAAAUAAUACCAGGCACUAUGUGACAUUUCUUUAAUUUGGAAGAACCUUGGAGGGUGUCGAGGCAUCAUUUUAAGUAUCAGUUAUAAUUAUUUAGAAAUACAGAUGUACCAGAUAAUAGAAAUCAGUAAAAGUGUGGCUCAGCCAUGAAUUUCAAAUAGAAUGAUACAAAGCAGAGCAUCCUGCAGGUAUAUAUAAAAACUCUGUCUUUAGUUGUGGUACAAGCAUCUUAAAUUCUCAACGUUAUUGGUAUCUGGUUACCUCCUUUUUGCUCAUUGUCCACUUCUGACCCAAAAGCCCUUGAUAUUUUACCCAGGAUAGCAUCUAUAAACAGAAACAUUUGGCCUCUGCUUCUUUCUCUUCUCUUUAACCUGUUUCUGGCUUAUUGGCUGAGAGUUGCACCUGCCCAGGGACCUCUCAUGCCAUCUUGCAUCUCUGCAGGUGGUGUUGCACUGGAGAAGGUCAUUGCUGGACUUUCAUUCUGAAGAUGAUUUUUUAAAUGGAGCAAUGCUGGCAGUACAGCUGGCCUCUAUCCACAGACCGAGAAGGCCAGCUCCAAAAGUUACUUGCCCCUUAAGUAAGGAGCUUGCCAAGAAAUCAGGGUUCAUUUUAUUGAAAAGACUUUCAGAACUUGUAGGAUUCAUGAAUAGAUUGCUGAGAACAAUGACAAUAUUAUUACUUUUACAGAUUUUGCUCUUUCAACUUUAGGUUAAAAGGUAACUUGUUUUUAGUCUAUUCCAGGGAAUUUUGACUUGAAAAUAUCCAUAUUUGGACUAGUUUCUGUGGUAGUGAACAUGAUGUUUCAGUUAUUUGUGAGAGGAGACCCAUGUUCUCCAUUUAUUAAUGCCUUGCAGACCAAUUUAACUGUCAUGUUUCAGGAAAAAAUUUUCUACUUUAAUAAGUAAGCUAAAAGUCUUAUUUUUAAAAAAUAUUUAGUGCUUAAUCCCUCCCAUAGUGUUUAAAAUUAGCCUGCAGAUAUUUUUCCUCACUUCCAUGAGUUCUUGCAAGGUUAACAAACAAACAGUGCAAUAGUCAAACAAAAUAAAAAAAUAAAUUUAAAAAAUAGAAAGUAGUGUUUUCAUCUCUGUCCUUGGAAUUUGUAUUUUGCCUUUCUGCCUUUUUGAUGUCAAAAUAGAUGAGAUUGUUUGCAUCUAAGGAGAAUAAAUUGUAACCAUAGUCUUUAUUUUUGGUAAUGUUUGAGUAAGGAUAAGAUUGUCUCUAUGAUUAUAAAGACAUAUGGAAUUAUCCGGAAAUUUUCUUUGCAGGGAAUUAAAAGGUUUCUGUAUUUACUUUUUGGCUGGAUAUUUCUGAGAAAUAAAAAGGAGAGAGAAAGAGAGAGA